UGUUCCAGCUGAGUCUAAACCAUCUGUGGCAGAGCCCACUGGAAAUGAGGGAGCAGGAAAUCACCUUGCCAGGCCUCACACUACCAACUCCUCCAGAGCACCAGAGACUGACUCCUAAGCACGUUGGGCACAGAGAGUUUCCCAUGGUAUCUUCCUCAUGGUCACCCCUUCCACUGGUACUUGGGAUCAUGUCCUUGUCCCUGAUGCUACUGAUAACAGCAAGAAUCUAUAGUUCCCAACUGACUGAUGUAAUCAGGGAACAGAAGAAACUCUCUGAACAAGUGAAAAAGCUCACCCAGCAGCUAAGGUCCUGCCAAGCCCUGAACCCAGGCUUUCUAGCCCCUGCAGAGGAACAGCUAAGUCAAAGAGGGAAGUGUCCAGCACGCUGGAGUCACAGAAAAGAAAGGUCCUAUCUUUUUUCUCCUGAAAAUAGAGUUUGGGAACAGUGUAAAUCCUUUUGCAUUACUCAGUCUGCUAUGCUGAUUACAAUUGAAAGCAAAGAGGAGCAGAGUUUCAUAAUAAGGGAGUCAUUUCUGUAUUCUGAAGUGCGUCAUGGCCUCCCAUAUUACUACCCAUUCUGGAUUGGAUUGUCACACAACUCUGAAACUCAGAAGUGGGUCUGGGUGGACAGCACAGCUCUCUCCACUGGCCUGUUUUCCCUCCCAGACUCCAGUAAUCUGACUCAUCAGGGUGGGGCUUGUGUGUACUAUCAAGCUGGGGCACCUAAGGCUGGAAGCUGCGGAGAAGGUCGAUUCUGCAUCUGUGAAAAGAAGAAAGAUCCGGCAGGACAAGGUCAUCUGAAUUAACCCACCAGACUAAUGGUGAGUGAGAAUGGAUCUAGGAGACUGCUGCAGCAGGCAGGGGAGUGUGGAGCUUGCACAUGGAAAAGGAUUACACAUCAAACACUCACAAAAAGCCUGAGACUUUGUACUGCCACUUGCAGGGGAACAGCACAGACCUGAACUGCAGCAUGGGCAAGUGGGACUGCCUG